AUGGUUUACUAUUUCACAUCGAAUGUGGUUCAACCCGCAGCCUUUAUCUAUGUCGGAAAGGAUAAAUUCGAAAAUGAGGACCUCAUUAAAUUUGGGUUAGAGAGUGAUUUCCAUGUGGAUAACCUGUCUAGUGCCCAUGUGUACCUUCGCCUUCGUGAUGGAGAAACAUGGGAUCAAAUUCCUCAGGCGCUUCUCGAAGAUUGUGCCCAGCUCACGAAGGCGAAUUCAAUCGAAGGGAACAAGAAGGACAAUAUCACAGUGAUCUAUACACCGUGGUCAAAUUUAAUGAAGGAUGGAUCCAUGGCAGCUGGCCAAGUCUCUUUCCACAACCAUAAACUGGUGCGCAAGGUGUUUGUCCGACAGCGAGAAAACCCUAUCGUCAACCGCCUGAACAAGACACGCAUUGAAAAGUUCCCUGAUCUCAAAGCCGAAAAAGACGAGUUCUUGAAAAAGAAGAACAAGGAGGAACGCAAAUUGAGAGAGGAGCAACGCAUAAAGGAGAAACUGGAAAGGAGGGAACGCGACCAGUUGAAAUGGCAAAAGGAACAUGCUUACGAUGACCUCAUGAGCGAGGAGAACAUUCAAGGCAGCAGCAACUAUGACCGGGACGCUGACUUUUAUGACGACUUCAUGUGA